AUGUCAAGUCCGAUUCCUCAAUUAGUCAAUAUAUCACACGCAUUACAAUCAGCGACAAUUCAACAAAUUAGAUCUGAUGUAAUAAGUUAUAACAGUUCGCCUGUUUUAUCACAGGAUCAAUCUAAUAAGAUUGAUUAUUAUUUGCAAUCUUUAAAUUUUGCAUUGCAACAAUUUCAAAAUGAUAAUAGACAUAUCGAAAAUAAUGUAAAUGGCGUCACACAAGCUGAUAUUCAAUUAUAUAAUGGAUUAAAAUCAAUGUAUUCGGAUUAUCUUUAUCAAUUAUUAAAUUUAAAAAAUAAUAAAUCAGUAUCAAUCCCAUUUACAACUACAAAUACAAUAACGCCCAUUACGCCGUCUAUUAAUAAUAAUAUUCCUCCAAUUAAUUACAAUAAUAAUAAUAAUUAUAAUAAUAACAAUAAUAAUACAACACAGAAUAAUAGUUUCAAUAACUUCAUUCAAAAUGAUAAUUUGAAUUCAAAUCCGACAAUUAUUCAACAAACUCCUGUAUCAACAAAUGCUCCCUCUACCAAUGUUCCAGCUUCUGCUUCUCUUCCUGCUCCUGCUCCUGCUCCCGCUCCUGCUCCUGUGCCUCCAAGAGAUAUCUUUGAAGAUCCAUUCAACUUCAUAAGUAAAGAAUUUGAAGACCUAACCCCCAAUCAAAGGAAAAACUAUAUCAAUAUAGUAUUGAAAAAUGAAAAACAUUUGAAAAAGUUCAUAAAGAAUCCAUUAUUAUUGGAAACAAUUGCAAAUUUAUGUAUCUUAGAUUCUGAAAAUGGUGAUAAUAUAUUGGCGUACAUUACUCUUUUGAAAAAAAUUGGUUAUUCUGAUAAAGAAAUCAAAGGUAACAUGAAUAGAUCCUCGAAUUCUUUAUCAUCUUCUUCAAGUUCAUCCAGCUCUGGAAGACUUUCAAAAAAGCUCUCAUCCUCUACUGCUUCCUCUAGAACCAAGAAACGUGUGGCACCUACAACCACAACCACAACUACAAGUACUAAAUCUUCUUUAAAAUCAACAAAACCAACUUCAUCAACACUUGCUACUUCUAAAUCAUCUUCUUUAAAAGUGCCCAAAAUGAAAGAGAAAGAUAAAGAGAAAGAGAAGAGAAAAGAUAAAGAAAAAUUAUCAAGUUCGUCUUCAAAGAAACAAACAAUAGUACCACAUAUCCAUAUUGCAAAUAAUCACUCUCCAAACAAAACUAGUAACAAAGAGACAACAACUAGUACAGAAAUAACGCGAAGAAAUGUAAAUGGAGCUAUGACAUCUCAAGAGACUAAUUCCAAGUCAAUUUCAGAUACAAAGGAUAAUUCAAAUACAGAUAAUCAGGAUACAAAGAAAAAAAUAUCAUUCUCAAAAUAUUUGAAAAAUGAUACUGUAAAUGACAAUAAUAAGAGGCCACAUCCAUCGGAUUCUAAUGACAAGAUAGAGACCUCUUCUUCCUCCUCGUCUUCUUCCUCCUCUUUAUUAUCAGACACACCAACAUUAAAGAAAAGGAAAUCUGAUGUAAAAUUAGUCUCUAUUCUGAAGAAUCCACAACCUUCCACAGAGGAAAGACCAAUCUCUACGACAUCAUCGGGUUCACCAUCAUCACCAAAACCUAAAUCAAAUAUUAAAUUUAAAGAUGAUUCCAAAUUAAUUACGGUAUAUGGAGAUGAUUUACCAAACAAGGGUUUAAAAGUUUCCCCAAUAGAAUUGAAAAAAAUAUUGAAACCAUUUAAUGAAGGUGAACCUAAUGAGUACAUCCACAUUGAAAAUUUCCAAUCAAUUCCCAUCCCCAUCAAUCUAUCCGAAUUACAAGACUCAAACUUAUAUUCUGAUAUAGUUGAUGUGAAAGGUGGUCCACUCACUUCAAAUUCUUGUGUUUCACAAUUUUAUAAAUCAGAUUUCAAGAAUUUAAAUCCUAAUUUGAAAACUCAAAUACCAUUGGAUCCAAUACCGAUGGAUGAACAUGAAAUCAUUGAAAAUAGUAAGAAGAAAACUAUGAAUCAUGGAAUAAAAUUAUAUAAUAAACCAAUCAUUGGGAAGGCAUUUGGUAGAAACAGUCUACUAUUAAGGAAAGAUAGAGGUGGAUUACCUUAUAAACAUGUUCCUGUGGUAAGAAGUGAUCGUCGUACUUCCAUUGAAUUCACACGUCUUGACAGAAAUAAAUAA